AAGUUGAUGCAUUUAUUUGCUGGGCGCAAUUGGUAUAAGAGUCAUAAAAAACCAUGUUGUUUGUUUAUGCUUAAGCUGUUGACCUUACUCCAGUAAAGAAAACCACAUUUGCAUAACCAUGUGCGUUGUCUGCUUAUGAAGCAUAAUAGGGUUAAGAACGUGUCUGUAAACGCACUCACUGUUGAUAUUAACAAUGAGGAGUGGAAAACAGGAAAGUGACCUCAGUUUUGACACAAUAAUCCCUCUUUUUCACUCUCCCUCCCUCUGCUGGACUGUAGUACCAGUUAGGGCACUGAAUGCAGUCUGGGGAUUGUGUGCGUGUCUGUGUGUGUGUGUGCGUGUGUUUUGGUUUGCUUGGAGGAUGUUCAUCCCCUCCAGCUUCUCCUCUUGCUCUGCAGGAAGAUAGCAGGCAGAAUCCAGCCGAAGUUGUGUUUUCUGGAGCAAUUGGGUCAUUGGAAUCAUGGGAGUGACCCAUGGAAAGAAAGCUGAUCAUAAUCUUCAAAGUCAUAAUUCCGCCUGUGCUCAACCACUUAUUGGACCUGGUGAAUCAGAUUUAGUCUCUGAUCUUGGAUCUCUAAUAGACCCUGAUCAGAGGUGGGCAAGAGAAGAGGAUUUAGACCACAGCAAGUUGCUUCCUGAGCACACGGACUAUGAAGAGCUCAUAAGGCCCAAAAAGCUCCACAAUCCCAUCAAAGCGUCCAAGAGCCACCGGGAGCUCCAGCGAGAGCUGAUUAUUACACACAAAAGAGGAGUGGUGGUGGAGGAGAAGCCGGAGUUACAGAGAGUUCUGGAACAGAGGAACAGAGCUCAAGCUCUGAAACAAGAGCAAAAACAAGAAGAGGAGAAAUCACCCUUGGAGCAGGAGUUACUGAAGAGACAGAUGAGGUUAGAGAAGAUUGAGAAAGAGGCUGAAGAGCAGAGGGAGAGGUUAAAGUGCGCUCCCGAGUUCAUUAGAGUCAAGGAGAGUCUGAAGAGGACAGCGAUCACGAGUGCUGCGGAAAAAGAGCUGUAAUCACACAUCAGCAACAGCCACAGAUCUGCAGCUGCAAUCACAUUUAUUCAGCCCCAAUUACAUGCAAGACAUUCUGCUGCUGUGAACAAAAAGGUAUGAAAACAGUUCAACCAAGGCAUUGGUAAACUAUUAUAGAAGGGUUAUUGAUGCAUAUCUGACUGAUUCUAAGGACAAAAGGCUUAUGUGCAAAAAGGAACAUACUUAAAUAUUUAUAUUCCAAUAAAGCCUCUUAAGAAGUGCUGACAAGCAUGUCACAUCUCUACUGGCACAUCUCUACUCAGAAAAAGGGGUUGAAUAAUUUUGAUUUGAUUUUCCUGCUGAAAACUUCAUUUAGUUUCAAAAGCUUAGAGUUUGGGUUUUUAAUGAAAUCAGGGAAUAUGAGAACACUAUGUUGAGGACAGGAAUGUUGAAAUGUGGGUUUAAGCAUGUGAUAAGCCUUUUUGUAAUAAGAUUCCAUGUACCGCACCUUAUUUUGCACACAAAAGUUCAGAAUAUCUCCAAAUAUACUGUAACUGUCUAGAUGUAUAGAAUUGUAUGGUCUAUAUUUAUAUGUUAUAUAAUUGUAGGCAUUUUAAUGGUGUGUGCCUAACAAAUCCCUGAGAGGUAUAAUAUAAUCCCAUAGACACAAUUCAAUGUGUACCAGAUUAUUCGAUAUCUUAUGUUGUGUAAAUGUUUCUAAUCAUUUGAAUUGUUCAAAUUAGGGAUGCUCCGAUCAAUCAGCCGAAAAUCGGUAUCGGUCGAUAAUCACGUUUAAUGACUCGAUCGGUACUCGCCAAUCUGCCCAGUCUCAUGAACCAAUCGCAGGGGUUUGUUUAUGAGUAGCAGUGUGUAUGUUUGUAUGUGCAGCUACCAUAUAUUGUGCAUAGCCCACAGCAGACACAACAUGUGGGGAGGUAAAUAAUGCGUGGAGGUAUCAGCGAUCGAUGCGCUUGCGUCACAACAGCUAAAAUACAGAUGCAGUGCAAGUUUUUUUACAGUCUAUUGGCGAGACUCAUGUGAGUGAAGGGUUUUUUUAAACAGCUGUGACACGAACGGAGCAAUCGCUAAAUUUCCCUUUUUAGUAAAAAAGUCAUGGAUUUUUUUAGGUGCGCUUUUAAAAUUCUUAUGCAUCAAAUAUGCGCUCUUAACUUGUUCAUUAUUGAGUCAUGUUGAAUUCUUCUUUCAGUCUUUUUCUUCUUGCAUUGUUUGUCAUUUUUCUUACCAAUUUGUUUAUGCGUGUUAUUAUUUCUGUAAAGUUGCUUCUGGCCAUGACAUGUUCACACUUAAAUAGUUAAAAGAGAUGUGUUUAAGGUAUUAUAUGCAGCAUCCUUAAUUUAUUUUCUUAAGUAAGGCGAGAUCUCCACUUAAGUAUCAUACUUGGAGGGAAAAUGUGCUUAAUGCAUUAUAAAGCUUGAAGCAUUCGAGUCGGUGCUCUGUAUCGGCCGAUCACCAUGACAAAGAAUCGGUACUCGAUAUCAGCUGUGAAAAUCUUGAUUGGAGCAUCCCUAGUUUAAGUACACUUUCUAGUGUUGGGCUUGAUUUUCUGUUUCUAGCAUGAUAAAUUAAUUGAAUAAAUUAGCAUGUCUAUCUCUUGGUUUAUUUUAUCAGAUUAGGAAAAAAAAUACAAAAUUGGAUUCAAAUUGUAAAGUAACAAUCAGUAUCAUUGCAAAAUGCAUUUUUUAUUAACAUAUAUUGUUUCUCACCAUUAUCUUCUUUAAAAUUGACCUAUUUAUAUUUCUUUACAUGGGUGACUUUUCACAUGCAAGCCUUUCCACUGAUAUAAAUCACAAAACUCAUGUGUAUGUUUUGGCUAACAACACAAAACCUAUUUUUUUGUAAUCACAUUUUGUAAUAGUCUUCCAAUAAAGGGAUGUUUGAGAUGU